GUCUGAAAAUGAAAACAAUUGCUAAACAUUUAAAUUGUGAUUAAAUUUGUUUUGUUUAGCGAUUAAUAAAUGGCAAUAAUAUUGAAAAAUAGUCUCAAAUUAAAUGUAUUUCACAAUAAAUUGAGUCCUUUUUUAAGGAGAAGACAAUCGGAAACACAGACAUCGAGUCUAUUAUCGCUGACCACCUCUUCUUGCGGUCUAAUUGAGUCCACUAUUAAAGACAAAUUACAGACAAAACUAAAGUUUGGAAACACAUUAAAUAAGAUAGAAAUCACUUCGAGUGCUGUCUUAGAGGCGAAUGACUGCACGAAAGGCCGUAAGAGUGUGGGAGUGUUGGGCGGCGGGGCGUGGGGUACAGCCAUCGCUGACCUCAUUGGCCGCAAUGUCGCCAAACAUAAGCACUUGUUUCACGAAGAAGUGCUCUUUUAUGUGAGAGACGAGAGCUUACGGCUAAUCAUUGAGAAGACGCGACAGAAUAUCCGCUAUUUGAGUGCCAUUAAACUGCCACUCAAUGUGAGGCCCGUCUCAUCACUAAGCGAUGCCGUCUCCAAAUCGGAUGUCUUAAUCUUCGUUAUUCCUCAUCAGUAUUUACAAGACCUCUGCUAUGCAAUCAACGAUUCCAUUUCAACGCGUAAUCCAAUUGGCAUUUCUCUCAGUAAAGGUCUUCAUAUCGAUAGCGCCGGCAAUCUUGAGCUCAAUUCGCAAAUAAUUCACCGCAUGUUAGGAAUACCAGUGGGAGUCCUGUCCGGCGCUAACAUAGCUAUAGAAGUGGCUCAACGACAGUAUAGCGAAGCAACUCUUGUCAACCCUUUAACUAACGACAAGAAUUGCGAAGAAUUAUUUCGAUGUCUGUUUGAGUGCAAUCUCUUCAGAGUCUCUUUCUGUAACGACGGGCCGACUGUCGAGAUGUGCGGCGCUCUCAAGAAUAUUGUGGCCAUUGGUUGCGGUCUUGUCGAUGGCUUGGGUUAUGGUAUGAACACAAAAGCGGCCGCACUUUCCUGCGGUGUCCGCGAAAUGAUACGUUUUGUCGAAGUAUUUCAUCCGAAGUAUGAAUUGUCGACAUUCUUCCAGAACUGCGGAAUCGGUGACAUCAUUGCCAGCAGUUUUGGCGGAAGGAAUCGUAAAGUGAGCGAAGCGUUGAUUAAGUCAAGCAAAUCCAUUGAAAUGCUUGAGAAACAACUAUUGAGGGGCCAAAAACUUCAGGGCCCGCAGACCGCGCACGUUGUCUAUCAACUCUUACAAAACAAACAGCUUUUGAAUGAAUUUCCAUUUUUUUCUGCCAUUCAUCGCAUUUGUAACCGAACUAUGGAUCCGAAAGAUCUAAUCCAAGCCAUCAAAUCUAGUCCUUAA